AUGGAGGUCGCCAUCGACGGCUCGUGCACCAAGCCGCCCAUCAAGGAAUUCCAGCGCGCAGGGUGGAGCCUCGCCCUGCUCGACCCCCGCUCAGACAGGCCGCUGGCGACCAUGCACGGAGCAGUACCUGCAUCCUUGCCCCAGGAGUCGGCCGUCGGAGAGCAUCUGGCGUCGGCGUUCGUGUCGCAGGUUGCGGACCGACCCUGCACCGUCCACGCCGACUUCAAGGGCGUCAUCCACUUGGGCAACAAGCGGAAGGAGCUGCAGCUGAAGGCCAGGACCCCCUAUGCGUGCAUCGCCCACUUCGCGCAGUCGCUCGACGGUUUCAAGCACGUGCAGCAGUACGCCCACGUCAAGGCGCACCGCUCUGGGGACGAGUACGCGGCGCUCUCCGACAGCCAGAGGAGGCUCACGGACGCGAACAUCGUGGCGGACCUCAGGGCCAAGGAGGCAGCGGCGAUCCACCCCGCCCCCGAGCAGAAGGUAGUCGAGGAGAUGCAGAAGGCCGUCGGCAGGAUCAGCCGGAUUGCGAAGCUGGUUGCCCACGUCAUGCCCAUCUUCGACAAGGACGACCAGAUCAGGUGGACCAGGAGGGCACCGACCUUGCGGCGGGCAGCGAGCACGAGGAAGGCAACCUGGCACCAAUGGCAAGAUGGCGAGCUGGGCGUGCAGUGCUCCACCUGCCUACAGCUGCACACGCCUGGGCAGCCGCUCCCCCUCACGGGGUGCCCUGGGACGCCCACCUUCCUGCUGGACACCUACAGGCCAGUGCUCAUCUGCGUGAAGUGCGGGGCUUGGGCGAUGCAGCGGCGCAAGGCCAAGUUGCGGCAGCCAUGCGCAGCUGCCACCACCAAGGGCCUCGAGGUUCUCAACAACCUGAGGCGCGGCGUCGGUCCCUUCAAGAAGCUGAAGAGGUAUAUCGACCGCACCACCCCACUUCGACGGCUGGAGGCGACGAGCGAGGUCCACACCACCUUCACGAAGGUCGACAUCUUCAGCGGCACGGACGUGGCGGCGCCUGCGGCAGGCUUCGAGAGCAGGAGGCAGUUCGCGGAGCUCGAAGGGAUAGGCGUGCUGGGGCACGACUUCGGGGAGCUCAAGGAGCUGCUGCUGCUGGGCGUCUCCUCCUCGGCCGCGGCGGACGUCGUGGAGCACAUCGCGGAGCGUGCUGCUGCUGGGGCUGCUGGCGCUGGGGCGCCGCGCGGCUCGGUGGCGACCUUCGACGGCUCGGGCGCGCUGGACGACCAGUACGUGGACGCGCUGGGCGACGACGAGCACGACACCGAGGCUGCAGCAGCUGAGGAGGCGCUCGGCCUGGUGACGGACUGCUUCGACGGUUCGGCCGCGCUGGACGUCCAGGUCGGGGGCGCGCUGGGCGACGACGAGCACGACGCCGAGGCUACAGCUGCUGCGGAGGCGCUCGGCCUGGCGAUGGACCUCGACAGCUCGGGCGCGCUGGGCGACGGCCGCCUGGGCGCGCUGGGCUUCGGCGCCGAGGCUGCUGCUGCUGGGGAGGCGGGCAGCUCGCUGGCGGUCGUCGACGGCUCGGACGCGCUGGACGUCGACACCGAGGGCGCGCUGGGCGACACCGAGCACGACGCGGAGGCGCCCCACGGAAACCGACCACUUUUGACUGAAAAUGGUCGGUUUUGCCUUGCUGUGGUGCCGGCUCGUCCCCCUGCCGUCGACCGCGUGGGCGCGCUGGGCGACACCGAGCACGACGCCGAGGCGGCUGCUGCGGGGGCGGCGAGCGACUCGGCUGCGGCCGUCGACGCCUCGGACGCGCUGGACGGCAACGCCGCGACGGCGCUGGGCUCGCUGGGCUUCGCCGAGCGCGUCGCCCGUCUCCUGGCGGCGGCUGGCGCGCGAGAGCAGCAGGCCCCAGGCGCGGCCGCCCCCAGCCUGGGCGAGCGCGACGGCGCCAGCGCCUUGGCCGCGCUGGAGGGCAGCGGGCGCGGCGCCGAGGCGGCCGCAGAUGGGGCGGUGCGUGGGCCGACUGCCACGUACCCCCCUCAGCGCCACGGGCAUGCCUGGGAAAGAGUCCCCGCCCUCGGCGAUUGGCCAGGGCCCUGGGAUCCUCGGGCCGCACGGAGCGUUCGAGGGCAAGGACGUGGACACGGCGGCGCCUUCGACGACCGCGUGGCCGCGCUGGACGGCGGCCGCCGCGCCCCGCUGGGCGACCUCGAGCACGACGCCGAGGCUGCUGCUGCUGGUGCAUCGCCGCGGGCGGCUCCAGCCAGCGCCGACUCCGUGGAGUCGAAGGCGGGCGCGGAGGCCAGGGCAGCCGAGUUCAAGAAGCUC